CCGAGACGGAGCCUCACGAGGGAAAGCGGAAGGUGGAGUCCCUGUGGACGAUAUUCAGACUGCAUCAUCAGAGGAGCAGAUAUAUCUUCGACUUGUUCUACAAGAGGAAGGCCAUCAGCAGAGAGCUGUAUGACUACUGUAUAAAGGAGAGUUAUGCUGAUAAGAAUCUGAUCGCUAAGUGGAAGAAACAGGGAUACGAGAACCUGUGCUGUCUUCGAUGCAUCCAGACACGGGACACCAACUUUGGGACCAACUGCAUCUGCAGAGUCCCCAAGAGCAAGCUGGAGGUGGGGAGGAUUAUAGAGUGUACCCACUGUGGUUGCCGAGGCUGCUCCGGCUGAAUCGUCAGGAUCGCCUGGCUCUUCUGCUGUGGAUCGUCUAGUCAGGUCUGGAUCGCCUGGCUGUUCUGCUGUGGAUCGUCUAGUCUGGCCUGGCUGUUUUGCUCUGGAUCGUCUAGUCUGGCCUGGCUGUUUUUCUCUGGAUCGUCUAGUCUGGCCUGGCUGUUUUGCUGUGGAUCGUCAGUUAUUUUCUACGGGACAUCAGGGCUCGUCUACUCCACCUGUGUGCUUCAUGACCCUGGAGCGUCUAAUCUCAAAUACACCCCUACUCUCUGGCCCCCUACUCUCUGGCCCCUACUCUCUGGCCCCC